GGCUCCUCCCGGGUGAGAGGAAGAACAGUUGUGCAGUCCCCCAACUCCCACGCGUCCAGUGAGCAACGGCGGCGGAGUCGCCGCCACAGGUCUGGGUGGACUCCGAUUGAUUUUCCGAAGCUGCCCCGAUUCCGCCCCGGUUCGAUUCGACCGAUCCUGCGUCCUCCCCUCCCCUUUCCGAUCAAAUCGGCCCCUUCUUGCUGCUCGAAGCAAGCUUUGGAGUCUGCAUAUCAAUGGGCAUUUGGAAAGAGAAUUGGUACAUAUAAUAUAACAGUCAGAGAGGAUGGGUUACGGGAUGAGUAGGCUACAUGAGGCAUACAGUGAACAUGAAGGGGAGAAUACUGAUGGAUCUAGUGCAGUCGAAGUGAAAAAUGAAUUCUCAAAAUUACAUAAUGAUAUUUUCCAGUUGACUCAACUAAGAUCAGGACCUAGUGAAAGCGUCUGCAAGUCCAGGGAUACAGCUUCAAUAACUAGGUUAUUACGUGGAAGGGAAGUUAACUCUUCAGGAAAUGGGAAGUUCUCUUCAGCUGAUCGUGCAUUUGCUCUUGGUCAUUAUCUUCCGGUGGACGGUCCUGAAAUAGUGGACAGAAUGGAUUCCCGAGCUUAUGUCUCACAGUUUUCGGCCGAUGGUUCUCUUUUUGUUGCUGGUUUUCAGGGAAGCCACAUAAGAAUAUAUGAUGUCGAUAAAGAUUGGGGAGUGCACAAAGACAUUCAUGCUAGAAAUUUGAGAUGGACCAUUAGUGAUGUAUCGCUGUCACCUGAUCAAUGGUUUCUUGUCUACUCUAGCCUGGCACCUAUUAUCCAUAUUGUCAAUAUCGGGACUGCUUCCAGAGAAUCAUAUGCUAAUAUCACUGACAUCCAUGAUGGAUUAGAUUUUUCCCUGCAUGAAGAUGUUAGAUAUUCGUUUGGAAUGUUUUCUGUUAAGUUCUCCACUGAUGGCCGAGAGCUUGUCGCUGGCAGUAACGAUGAUUCAAUAUAUAUCUAUGACCUUCAGGCGGACAAACUGACAUUGCGUUUACCCGCUCAUACAUCUGAUGUCAACACAGUAGCAUUCGCUGAUGAAAGUGGUAAUCUCAUUUAUUCUGGAAGCGAUGAUAAUCUGUGCAAGGUCUGGGACAGACGUUGUUUGUCCUCAGGGGAAGCUGCUGGAGUUUUGACUGGACAUUUGCAUGGCAUUACUCAUAUUGAUAGCCGUGGAGAUGGUCGAUGUUUCAUAUCAAAUGGAAAAGAUCAAGCUAUUAAGAUGUGGGACAUUAGGAAAAUGACAUCCAAUGUUGAUGGUUCUGAAAACAGAGUCCCUGCUUGGGACUACAGAUAUUCAAGAUAUCCACAACAGAAGCAGCAAAAGCAUCCACAUGAUCAGUCAUUAGCUACAUACCGGGGCCAUUCAGUUCUCCGCACAUUAAUCCGUUGCUACUUUUCUCCCGCGUACAGCACAGGACAAAAGUACAUAUACACAGGAUCUUACGAUGCUAGUGUCUGCAUCUAUGACGUGGUAAGUGGAUCACAAGUCGCCAAACUGCAAGGAUAUCAUCACCUGGCAGUUCGCGACUGCAGCUGGCAUCCAUCUGAUCCAUUGCUUGUCAGUUCAUCCUGGGACGGGCGGAUUGCCAAAUGGUCCAGAGCUUGUUCACAGCAAGAUACUUCUGAACUUGAUUGAGUCAGGUACUCGAGUGUGCAGAUACUUCUCGUCAUGUAAUGUAUAGAAAGCAUGGGUGAUCUUCGGUUGAAGGAAUAGUUUAAGCAAAGAAAGCGUCCGUCAAAAAAGAAGAAGAAAAGAAAGAGAACCAUACACUGUACAUACAAAAUAGAGGCCGAGUCAAGCGCGUUUGUGUGGUGUUUCGUCGUACCUUUGAUGAAGGUAAAACAUAGUACUAUACCUUGGUGGGAAAUUGCAUAUGUGUAUAUGUUCUCCAUGUACUGUUAAUUAUGUACUUUCCAUGGGCAUUUGUACUUUGUAUCCUUUUGGUCUAAAAUUUUGAAAGCAGAA